AGCAACAUUGGUGAAAUAAAUAUUUUAAAUGGAAGUAAAAAGAAUUACUAAUCCAUCGAGUGAUUAGAAACUUUACCAUCUUGAGUGCAGUCCAGCUAAUUAAAAACAAAAAUGAGUGUAUUUAUCUAAAAAUCACAGCUCACACGGGUAAUGCUGAUGUGAUUCUGGAGGUCCACGUCUUUAUGACACCAUCACUCCGGGUGUUGUAAAAAUUAUUCUAGAGGAAGAAAAAUCUAUAUACAAACAAACAAAAAAAAAAAAAAAGAAAUUGAUUCAAACUCGGUGGUGAUAUCAUGACUUACUUGACUGUAGAGCUGGUGAUCUCCCAUGGUCUCAUACCAGAGUCUGCAGUGCCCUCUGCUGCUCUCUGGUAUCAAAUACAAACAGAAGAGUCAGCAGGUCAAAUGAUGCAUUCAAGACCCCACUGCUGUUACCCAAUCUGCAUGUUCAAAAGUUUCCUCUUGGAUUGCUUAUUUAAAUCAUAAAAAAAAUAAUAAAAAAAUCUAUUUUACUGCAUCUUUUCCUGUCAUAGCUCCUCAUGGGAACCCAAGCCCUGCACGUUUUAGGUGUUUCCCUGCUCCAAUCUUAAGUGACACAUGUUAAUUCUGCAGAACAUGAGGAUGAGCUAAAAAGGAAGGAAGGAAAUCCUCAUAAAACAGCUUUGUUUGGCAUCAUCCAACGGGUUAUUUAACCUCAUAUGACAGUGAGACGUAACAGGGUUUAGACAUAAAAUAAUGGUGAUGAUCUAAUUUGUGACUGAAGCUCGAGUAAAGUUCUAAACAGGCUUUUGGGUUCUCACAAAUUAAACGUUUUGUGCAUCAUUUAUUAUCUGAUUCUGAUUUUUAUAAAACCGGCCCACAAUUGUGAUAAACAGCGCCACGUCCAUCUAGUCCGAAUUUUUAUUUCUUUUUGCUGUUUUUUUGACAACUAACGAAAGACCCCGUUAGCAAAAAUUUUCUCUAAAACUACAAAUAGAUUACUUACAUAAGCACAGACUUUUUAAACAGUAGAUACGCAAAAACAAAGUACUAAAAUGAGCAGCCAACAGGGAUUUACAGCCCAUAUUUCCAACGGCACUCAAAUGCAGCGGGGCCUAAUCUGUUUUAAUCUGGGCAUAAACGUCGUCACUAGAGCACUGACAUCUGUAGAGACUAGCUUUUUCUGGUCAAGUGAAAUUAACAGAGGAAGUCCAUCAUUUUCUCAGACAAGAUGGCUAUAACAACAUGCCAGAAGGUUACGCUGAUAUCGUGCUCUGUUCUCUGCGUCUCUCUCUUCCUGCCUGGUAUGCUUUUGCCCAGAAGGAGGAAAGAAAAGGGCCAGCCUGAGGUUGGACCGGGGUUCUAUUCUUCUGUAAAGCAUCAGCUCCCAGUUCCAGAUGACCCAGACCAGUGGGAUGUGGAUUCGUCUCCUUCCCUGUCACACACUGUUGAGGCCAUGGCCAAAGUGAUGAGCAUCCAACGAGGCAAAAAAUACAACCUGAUGGCUCAAGUGAUUCCCAUCUACAGCUUUGGGAUCCUGCUUUACAUCCUGUAUAUUAUCCAUAAGCUGACAAACAAGAGCAAGAUAAAUAAACCAGGACUCUACACUACAGUGAAAAUGACCAGUAUGAGGAACACAGCCACUACAGAUUAUGAGCUCGCCAGGCUUCAACAGCAGCUUCUGCAAGCAGAAAUGAUGAUGGAGAGGAUCGUCUCAGAGAGGAGCAACUGUUCCUCGAGGAAGCGGAAAAAUAAAACCUCAGCUUCAAAGAAGGAAGAGAAGCUCCUGAGGCAGCUGAGGCAGAUAUCACUGCUGAUGCAGGAGGGCCGGUUGGAGGGAGCAUCCCCGGAGAUGGAGGCUGAGGAGGUCCCCUACAGUGCAGACUGGGAAGGAUACCCAGAGGAAACGUACCCACAAUACGAUGAUCACCGCGGUAACAGGCGGGAGUUUAGAACAUUCAGGCCAGAGGAUGCUCCCAGUCAACCCACUGCCGAGGCCCUCGCAGAGAGGAUGGAACAAGAAGAGGAGGAGAUUGUGGCAAGGAAACUCUCUAUAGUGCACGAGGAAGAGGAGGAUGAAGUGGACAAAGAGGAAGAAGAGGAAGUGAAUGGAGAAGAGGAAGAAGAUGAGGAAACUGAAGUGGAGGAAAGUGUAGAAGAAGAGGAGGAAGCAGAGCAGAAGCAGCUGCUUCCUCCUAUUCGACCUACUGUCAACAGGAAGCAGGAAAGAGUUGGGUUGGAGGUAAGCACAGAGUUACAACAUCACAGCGGACGGAAGAAGCAAAUCAGUUUCAGUGACCGCAAACACGUCUUCCACUACCCUAAAGAAGAAACAUUCGAGGAAGAGGAGGAUGAGAAGGAAGAGGAGACGGAGGAAGAAGAGACAGAGGUGGAGGAUGAGGAUGAGGAAGCUGGUGCUGAGGAUGACCCACUAAUGGAGGCAGAGAGCCUGCAGUUCAGCUGUGAAGGAUCUUCAAACCCAUAUGAAGGAGAGGAGGAGGAGUGCAUGCUGUUAGCGCUAGAGGAGGAUGAAGAUCAGCUCCACGUAGACUUGCCUAAAGAAGUUGAGCAAAGUGGGCUGAGGAUGAGAAACAGACGGGAGACAUGAAAGAACUUUUCCUGCAUGUAGAAUAGUCACAGUUGUGCCCUUCUAGAUUCCUGUUUAAACCAUAAAACCCAAACUACACUGUAACUAAAUAUGGCUGUCAAAAAAAAAAAAAAGAAAUUUCAAUAUUUUACUCCAAAGAUUUAUUUUCCAUUCCUUUCUGGUUAUUAAAGAGUGGAUUUGGCACAAAGUACAGAAGAAAGUGUCUAAAAGCUUUGAAAUGAUGAGAACCAUUCAACAGAGAAACAGCUGUCAUCACCUUCAGACUACAGCUGCUGCUCGUCUGCAUCAAAACAAGUCGCUCUAGGUUGUUUGGACAUCUGAGCAGUCUCAGUGAAAGGAGACAUCAGGACUGACCCAGAACUGGUUGAAAGCAUGAAACAUUCUCUCUAGCCAAGGAACACACUAGGAUCCCCCAGAAGAAGCAGCAGAGUGUUAGUGACAGGGAUGUCUGGUCUUCCCUCUUGGACCUCUGCAACCUACCUUUGCAUGAGCAGAACAUGGAUUAAACAUGUUAAAACUG